GAGUGGACGCGGGCCGCGCCCCCACCCUGGCCUCCCGAGGGUCACGUGACCCAGACGCGAAGCUCAUUCAAGCGGACAGUCAGAUACCUGCUGCUGAAAAUGUCCGAGACAUCGGGCAGCACAGAGGCUGGUAAGCUGUGGGGUGGCCGCUUUGUCGGAGCCACGGACCCCUUGAUGUCUCAGUUCAACGCCUCGCUGGGCGUCGAUCGCCGGAUGUGGCGCGCGGACCUGCAGGGCAGCUCGGCCUACGCCCUCGCACUGAGCCUCACGGGCAUCUUGACCCAAGCCGAGGCCCAGGCCAUUCGCGUCGCACUCACACAGAUCGAGAAGGAGUGGGAGGAGGGAAAGUUUGAGGUCAAAGAGAACGACGAAGACAUCCACACGGCCAACGAGAGGCGCCUCAAGGAGCUGAUUGGAGAAGCCGGAGGGAAACUGCACACGGGACGGAGCCGAAACGACCAGGUGGUGACGGACGUGAGGAUCUGGCUGCGGGAGGCACUCUCCCACCUCCUCGCUCUGCUGCACACGCUCGUGCGCUCCCUCGCUCAGCGCGCCCACGCGGAGAUGGACGUCCUCUGCCCUGGGUACACGCACCUGCAGCGAGCGCAGCCAAUCCGGUGGAGCCACUGGCUGCUCAGUCACGCCACGGCCCUGCUGAGGGAUGCAGAGCGGCUUGGCCAGGCACGCGCCCGCACCAACGUCCUGCCUCUGGGCAGUGGAGCCAUAGCCGGAAACCCGUUGAACAUUGACCGAGAGAUCUUGCGCAAGGAACUGAACUUUGAUUCGAUCAGCCUCAACAGCAUGGACGCCACAAGCGACAGAGACUUCAUAGCCGAGUUCCUGUUUGCGGCGUCACUCACCAUGACGCACUUGAGCCGAAUGGCGGAGGACCUGGUGCUCUACAGCAGCAAGGAGUUCGGCUUCGUCAGCCUUUCGGACGCGUACAGCACGGGCAGCAGCCUCAUGCCCCAGAAGAGGAACCCAGACAGCCUGGAGCUCAUCCGCGGCAAGACUGGCACCGUCUUUGGCAGGUUCACUGGGUUGAUGAUGACCAUGAAGGGGCUGCCCACCGCAUACAACAAGGACUUGCAGGAGGACAAGGAAGCAAUGUUUGAUGUCUACGACACGCUGAGCGCCGUGGUGCAGAUCGCAACGGGCGUCAUAUCCACACUCACGGUGAACAAGGCUGCCAUGCGAGCUGCUCUCAGCCCAGACAUGCUGGCCACAGACCUCGCCUACUACCUCGUCCGGAAGGGGGUUGCUUUCCGUGAUGCACACAAUCUCGCUGGACGAGCCGUGGCCGAAUCUGAAGCCAAGGGCUGCUCCUUGAAGGACCUCUCCGUGGAUGAGCUGCAAACCAUCAGCCCCUUGUUUGGCAGUGAUGUGUGCGCAGUGUGGGACUACGAGAGCAGCGUGGAGCAGUACUCGGCUCCUGGGGGGACCGCCAGGGCCAGCGUCGCCCAGCAGAUAGAGGCCAUCCUCGCACAGCUGAAGCCAUGACGCACUCCACUCUCAUACACACGAGAACACGUGCUACACAUACCACUCCUACAGGCACACGUGUCGUCCCUAAAUCGUAUGAAUACGACUCAAACUGUGGAUGAGUCAAAUGCCUUAAAACAAUCUCGGUUGCCUAGAGCCCAUUGUAACCUGCUAAUAGCCCUGUGAGACGAUACGUCACUUUGGCUUAAUUUUUUGUAACAUUUUAAUGGUGCUGUCAAUAUCAAGAUCUCAUGUGACAGAAACAAGACAUUUUGAAAGCGUCACUCACGGUGAGCCUUGCACCAGCACAUGGCAAACGGCUUGUCGGAACUACUCAACUCCUACCCACACGGUGAAAAUGUUUAUAUGGUACAUGCGCUGCGUAGAGCAUCCGUUGCAUUUCAAUCGAUAUUUUUAGAGCUAGAGAACUGGAAUUAUGUAAAAAAAAUAUUUGAUGUUGACUGGACUGAGACCAUCAACUUGCUACUAGAGAACUCGGCUUAAUCAUAGCUGAAACUCAAAUGUAGUCCCAGAUUUAGUGGUGCUGGCUGGGUGCUCUGACCUGGUGUUGGGCGACUCAGGCUCCACCACGGACCGCUGGGAUAAACGCUCUAAAUGCAUUUGAUGUUUGAGUUUAGCAUUGACCAAUAUCCCACCAAUCGUCAACACGCUUGGUAGUUUUUGCACCGUAACAAAACUGAAAAAAUGUUCUGCAAGUUUGAUUCAAGAUUUACUCGGUACAGUGAAUGUUACACGUGGACUAAUAAAGGUGGUGGUUCUGG